GAAUUCGUCCACAAAUUUCCGUGCCCAUCUGUUCCAUCGCCUUCCGUACUGACGCCUUUUUCCCUAGAAUGUGUCCAAAACGGAAUGUGUGCAUCUGAGAUUGUUCAAACGCCUACGCCCCCCCCCCGCCAUUUGGGUCUACCAUUCGCAGCCCCUCAAUAUAUAGAAACUGCUAUUCUCAAUUCUCGCGGGAACUCCAGGGAACUCACCUGCUGAGAUAAACCCAUAACCUAAAGCAUCGGAAAGUGAUCCUUAUAAAUGCUUGUCUGGUAUAUUUUCUGACAGAAAAUUGUCAUUUUGUUGACAGAACAUUUCAACAGUUUUUUUUUCUAUUAUCAUAUAAAAAUGGAUUCCUAUGAAUUACUGGAGCGAGCAACAGCAUUGCUCGGGAGCACAAUCCGUAAUUUUUCGAUUGGUGCAGUGACAUUGAGUGAUUUCAAACCCAUUGAGGAGAAAAUCAGAGAUUUGAGGGGAAUGAUUAAGUGUUUGACUGCUAGAAUUCAACUGCUCCAAGCGAUAAAUGAAGCUAGAGCAAUACCUGCAGUAUCACCAGCACAGCCCAAAGAACUGGAGAAGAAAAUGCACGAGAUUCUAUCAUCGAAUCAUUUAAUUAAAUACGAUGUAUUUAAAAAUACACUGCAUUCACAUGCCGCAGAGAGUCUUUUAUCUAAUGAUCAAAUUUCUCCAGAGAUGAAGAGUAGAUUGAAAGCAGUCAUGGCCAAGCUGUACAGUCAGAACGAUAAAAUAAUCGUUCUUCAAGAGGAGAUGGACAGAUUGCGCACAAAAGAGAGGACACUACAGGCAGAAGUGGCAGCAUCAAUCAUUGACUUCCAAAAUUUCCUCAAGGAGCAAGAGAAAGUCCGAAAUGAGAAGCUUGCGUUGUCAAACCCUGAUAUCGCAAGGAAGAAGCAGAAACUGAAGAAGAUGAUAACGAAGAUAAACAUCUCCAGGAGGAUAAUCACGAGCAUCAUAAGUGCUGCCAGUACGACAAUAACUGAUAAUCCAGAAAUGUUGAGGAUGUUGAAGGACCAUCGAGAUAUAGUGGAUGAAGAGACGAUUAUGGAGAUGGCGAACAAUCGAGAGGCUCAACAGGAAUCUCCAUCCUAAAAUCUAGAAAACUGGAAUGAAAAACCUUCAAUUAUAUUUUAA